AUGACAUCUUUGUUCACCUCAAUAAAUAACUCACCACUAGAUGUCAAUAAUGGUGUCACGGAAAGAGCAAAUAGUACAAAAGUUCUUUGUAAAUUCAAAAAUAGCAAGAGGUUCACAAAUGUGAAGGCUGCAAUAAAAAGAGAUUCAGUAAUUUCAGCUGUUGGAGAAGUUGGAAAUCGUCAAAACAACUUGGUUAUCCUUAUUUCAACAAAUACAAAAAGUGUAUUAAGUGCUGGUUCAAGUGUUUCAAGAUUAGAAAAUAUUUCUAAUUCAGUGAUAUGGGAUUUGCAAUCUAUUACUCCAAAAUUGAAACAAAAAGCUGAUAUCCAAACAAAAUAUGCAAAGCAACUAUCUAAAGAAGGUAUAGAUACUUUUUGUCAAUUGCUUCUUCAUGCAACAAUUUCAUGUAGAUGGUCUUUUAAUUGGGUAGAGGAUCAGAAACUUCUGAAGGAAGAAGUUUGGUUUGGGGUGGUAACAAUAUUUCAACUGAAAGAUAAAGAGAAAUUGGGUGCGAUGAAUACAUUGAAACUUGGUUAG